AUGGUUGCAAGUAAGGCUUCACUUUCUGGAAACGAGGACGCGGAAUAUGAGGUGGAACGAAUUCUCGCACAAGACAUCGCUGAUGGCCAAAUUGUGUAUCUUGUCAAAUGGCUGGGUUAUCCGGACGACCAGUGCACGUGGGAGCCUUCCGAAAGUUUUUCCAACCCUCAAACUCUCGCUGAUUGGCAAUGCCAACUAGCGUUGGGUGAUGCUUUAGAUGAGGAACAGGUUGCAGCGCUUCAAGAUCGUAUGAAUGCAUAUGCCCGAGCCAAGGAAGAAGACGAAAAAGAGAAGAGCCGCCCACCGAUGAUCUUGAGAAACAUUGGAUUCCCCGGUCAACAAGGUCGGAUAUCCGAACGUUCUUUAGACCGAGGGAAUCCGCCACGAGGGUCUUCCCCAAUUCCCACACCAUCUACAGCCAAGCGGCCAAGGUUAUCGGAGGUUGCGAUCGAAACACCUGGACAUGUUCAAGUCAAUGGUAAGCAGUACCUCUCAGACAAAUCUGAGGCUCGAGAGUCUGCGCCUAUGAAACCCGCGAGAUCCACCGAACGUGGCGGCACGGGCGAAUCUAAUAGUGUUGAUGCUCCCAUGAGAGCGAAGAGAUUCUCGGGAGCAAAUGCGGCUGGGAGCUCAAGAAGCACACAAGAUACCGUGGGACAGAGGUUCAAGAAUCUCGGACACUGGAAUAGUUUCACCAAAUUUGCUCGACGGGAACCACCUCCAGAUAUGUCCCAGAUCCAAUUGGUGACAGACGAAGAUUGGGCAGCUUCGGAAAAAAAUCCCCAUCCCUCGAAAGCUCGAGAGGGUUCCCCUAGACAUGUCGGCGGUGAUUCGUGGCAUUUCGUGCCGGAGACGGAAAAAGACCCGACUCCUCAUGACGAUUUCCACACCAUUAGACCGACAAUGCCGAAGACCACUUCAUACAUACAGACGUCAGCUCUGUCAGUGGGUGGGAAAGAGUCCAAUAUCGGGCCAUGCUUUAAUGCACCCGGCAUGGCCCGGCGAACCUCGGAUCCUUCGCCAUCCAGCAUCUCGAAGUCCAUAAUAACAGCAAGAAAUGGCCGUUCUUGGAAUGUUGGAGAUGUAGCCAUCAACCUACGCUUCGGAGAUCGCGUCGUUGGUGAUGUGAAGAUUCUCCAUCUUCCAGGAUGGCUUAGAACGAAGCUGAUAUCGCUGAAAGAUCCGCUUACACGAACAAUCAACAUCCACUUUCGGGAACGAAAUGCCAUGAAAUCCCACACAUUCUCCACCUUUUCUCACAAUUUGGACAAGAAUCCCGUGGCACUCGGCGCCAUUGAAUCUUAUGAGGAUACAUUGCAAGCCACUGACGGCCUGGCCGAACAUUUGGAACGCCACAAUCUUGGUGCAAUAUGGGUAUAUCCCGAGUUCAGCCGAUUUAAAAAUGUCCUUAUUUUAAUCAUGUACUCUUGUCGAGCUCCUGGGUGGUGUCAUCUCGGUCAAAGAGACGUCACCAUGUUCACACCAAGGCUUCAUGUGGCCGUUCGAAAUACAAUUCCGGAAUACGGCAGAGAUAUUUUCCCACCCGUGGAUAGCAGCCAUUCUACACCACGCCACGUCGGUGGACAUGCCCAAAGUUCGGUCGAAAUACCUCUUCCGACCACCCCAACUCCGAUCGGCCUGAUCGACACUCCCAAGUCGCCAAUACCCCCAAACCGUCUUACAUCUCAUGAAUCUCCGGAUCGAACGCCUUCGACAUCAGGCAUCUCACACAAGAUAUCACUUUCCAGCCAUUUCGAAGAGUUUCUCACGAUAACUGGUAAGAAGGAACGGAAGCCGCGAUUCUAUAUCGCUUUCGCCGAGUCGCAUCCAUUCGAAGCCGAGGCCAUUCAGAACAGAUUGGAACGGCACGUCCAUGGUCGCUACAUCUAUAAAAGCUCGGAAAAGGAGGCUUGGGAUGCAUGGGUAGCGGACACUGACAAACGAGAAGGUGUGAUUCUGUUCCAUGAGGAUAAUCCCGUCUACUGCGACCUGAAGGGUUUCUACAAAUGCCUGUGGAUGCCGAGCUUUGCCUUUUACAAUUUGUCCUUCCCGCCGUUUGACCACGACCACUCUAUUCAGAUCCAACGACUGUUCCCCAGGGGAAACACUCUCUUGAUCACCGAAAACUCGAUGAUCCAUUCUUCCAAGGAGGCGUUGUUUGCGAUGCAGUGGUUUGAGCAACUCUCAAUUGGCAAAGUACAAAGUUGGAAACUCUGUCUUGUACCGAAUGCUGCCGAAUGGAUAUCACGUCAAAUUAUGAGGUCUAACGAAGACAUCCAGAAGAGAUAUCUUGGCAUGCUUGAGGUGAUGCACAGGCUGCGGGUACAAUCAAUGAAAGCUCGGAUCAAUGUGCUCUACUCUGGCGACCCUGAUCGAAUUGUCCGAUGUGAGCUGCCGAACGAGGAGUGUGAUUUUAUUCUGUCACCACCUUCUUUCGAAAACAAGGAUCCAGCGCUGGCGUCUGAUGAUGAUGAAGCUGUGGAGGCACGCGAUAGUGCUCUCCUUGAAUACUACUGCGGCUGGGCCGCAUCUAAUGUCUCUCAAUACAGAAAAUUUAUGGUUCUCGACGACAAAUAUACCAACAAAACGCAAAAGCACUCCUAUCAUAUAUGGUUCAGAGAACCAAAUGCAUUUGUCCGGGAAGAGAAGUCGAAAAUUAGUAUCGCAUCGACGUGA